AUGCAAAACUCCAAGCCAGUUAUAUUUAUCGGGGCUGGCGACGCAAUAUGCGGCGAAGCGAUCCGGAUCUUUGCUAAAGCGAGCACCAUCCCCAUUGUCCUCGCAGACACUGAUGAGGACGCACUUCGUCGAGUUGCUGCCAGCCUUUUGCCCGAUCGCCAUGUCACCACAAGAAAGGUGGACCUCUUCGACCCUAAUGCGCUGCGCAGCGUCAUUGCCGACGCUGCCCUUGUCAUUCAGGGAGCACAGCCGUACUAUCGCACUUCAACGCCUGUUCUGACGGCAUGCAUCGACGCCAAGGUUCCUUAUCUCGACUACUCCGACGACGUGCAUAGCACACAAGAGUCUCUCGCUUUGCAUGAGCGGGCGAAGAAGGAAGGUGUGCCUUGCUACAUCAACUGCGGUUCCUCGCCUGGCAUGUCCAACCUGUUGGCCCUUGAAGUUGCCAAGGAGCUCGACACCCUCCAUACUUUGGACAUUUGUUGGCUCGUCAGCGAAGAAGGCGGACAAUUGGGCAGAGAGGUUCUGGAACACCUCGUCCACAUCACCGGCGGGCCAUGCUUGACCUGGGCCGACGGAAAGCCAGCGGUCCACGAGAACUGGGUUGAAACGGCUUAUGCUCCCGUGUUGGACGGCUCUGAGGUUCUUUUCCAUGAGAGUGUUCAUCCAGAGCCAGUUACUCUACCGCGCCGGUUCCCCAAUGUCACUCGAAUUCGGACCCUCGGUGCGCUCAACCCUGCACCAUACAACGGCUUUGCACGAGGAAUCGGGGCUGGUGUCCAGUCCGGCGCUCUCACUAUGGACGCUGCCGUCGAUUUCCUCGAGCAAAUGCAGAGAACUUCGUCUGCAAGCUGGAGUGAAACCUUUGGCUCAAUUACUGAGGGACUCCAGGGCGGAAAUGUUACGCUCAACCAGCUGCACCAGAUGGCUUCUGAUGGCGUUCGGUCUCUGAAACCGUGGCGUCUUGCGCUCUGGGGCAUGAUCGAGCAGAUCAAAAAUGGAGAGUGCACAACAGGCGAGGUUCUGCGCUUUUUGAUCAACUCCGCGCGAGGGAAACAAGCACCCCGUCGCUCUGGCGCACCCCACAGGGUGUAA